AUGUUAGUCAACGCCAAUCUCAUGGGCCUCACGAUCGAGCUUCUCGAGGAAGACCUCGCAUCGCAGUUCAACCUUGUCGGUCCAUCAACGCUACAUCUACCACCAAGCCUCUAUCCAUCCCAAAAGCAAAGGAAAAUUAUCCACCACCCCUGGAUCGAUUUGAUUCCGAUGUUGUCGCUACGAGAGGCCCUCUUGGCUAGGACAGAUGAAAUUGACGAAGAUGAAAUAUGCUGCGACUUUUAUGAGACUCGUGAUUCUUCGCAGGAAGUCGGACUUCGUGUUUGGGGCGAAGCUUGGGAUCCAUCUGCAUACGAGGCCUCGGAGUCAUUGAUAAAAAAAUGGAGUUGGAUGGUAAAAGACUGUCCCGAUAUAAUUGAAUCUUCUAAUUAUUGGAGGAAACAGCGAGGGGAGAAGCCCAUCAUGUUCAGAAUGAUCAAGUGA